AUGGCCCCCAGCCGGCUUUUCACAAGGCAAACAGCCAAGGCCUUGGCUGUUGCCAAGCAGACACUCAACCAUCCAACCACAUACCGGACCUUCGCCUCAGUCUCUUCCUCCCCAGUCAGCCCAGCACGGAAUCACAAGGUUGUCGUCGUCGGCGGAGGGUCAGCCGGCCUCACAAUAAGCCACCAGCUCCUACGCACCGGGAAGUUCUCACAAGAUGACAUCGCCGUCGUCGACCCAGCAGAAUGGCACCACUACCAACCCGGUUGGACCCUCGUCGGCGGCGGGCUCAAGGACAAGCACGAGCUUAAGCGCCCCCUACAAUCCCUUGUCGACCCCAAACUCAAAUUCUACCCCGACUCCCUCGCCAUCUUCACCCCAGAAGACAACACCGUGACCCUCGGCAACGGCUCCAAACUAACCUACGACCAACUGGUCGUCGCCCCCGGCAUCAAAGUCGACCUCGCCAGCAUCAAGGGCCUGCCGGAGGCCGUGUCCGACGCCGAGUCCAACGUGUCGUGCAUCUACACGUUCGACACGGUAGGCAAGGUGUUCCCGACCGUGCAACGACUGCGCGCGGGGCAGGCCAUCUUCACGCAGCCAGCGGGCGUGGUCAAGUGCGCGGGGGCGCCGCAGAAGAUCAUGUGGCUCGCGCUGGACCACUGGAAGCGCGCGGGGCUGUACAAGGCGCAUGAUGAUGCGUCGCCGGUGAAGAUUGCGUUUGCCACGGGCCUGCCCGUCAUGUUUGGCGUGCCCAAGUACAGUGCCGCCCUGGAGGCCCUGCGUCAGGAGCGCGGCGUGGAGGGGCUGUUCGGCCACGACCUGGUGGAGGUGGACGGCAACACGGCCGUGUUCGCGCGGCCCGACGGGAAGGACAAGGUUCGCAGGCCGUUCGACUUGAUGCAUGUCGUCCCCAAGAUGGACGCGCACGCGUUUGUGAAGAAUAGCCCGCUUGCGAACGAGGCUGGGUUUGUGGAUGUGGAUGACGCCACGCUGAGGCAUAAGAAGUUUGCGAACGUGUGGUCCGCGGGCGAUGCUAGCAGCUUGCCGACGUCUAAGACUGCUGCGGCGAUCACGGCCCAGGCGCCGGUGCUGGUCGGAAAUCUCGUCAAGGCGAUGGAGGGCGGCGAGUCCCGGCCUGCCUACGACGGGUACACCUCGUGCCCGCUGCUGACCGAGUAUGGAAAGGUCAUGUUGGCCGAGUUCAAGUACGGUGGAGUCCCGCAGGAGACGUUCAGCCGGGUUGGCUGGGAUCAAGCGACACCAAGGCGCGCCUUUUACCAUCUCAAGAAAGAUUUCUUCCCCUGGGUGUAUUACAAGUCCAUGGUCAAGGGGACUUGGGGUGGGCCGAAAGGGUGGAUCAACUAG